GCUUUACAUAGGUGUCCAGUACACCCAUGGCGCCGGGAGUGCCAGUGACGCCAAUGCCAACGGGUUUGGAGGGCUUUCGGCUGGCGAUCCAGGAUUUGGAGACCAAAUCCGGGUCCAAGAUCAAGAACCUCACGGAGUUGGCGCAACAGCUGUAUAGCAACUCCGCCGCCAUUGUCCAGGCGGUGGCGGAGGAAAUCCAGAGCGCGAGCCCCGAGAGGAUCCAGCCGCAGCUUCUGGUGGUGGACAGCAUCCUGAAGAAGGUGGGCAAGGACUACAAAGUUCACUUUGCGGAGCACUUGCCGACGUUGCUGCGCGUGGCCUUCGACAAGUCCGACGAGGAGGGCCGGGGCUGGCUGAAGCGUAUGGUCGAGGAGUCCUGGCACAAGCAUGAGCUUUUGCCUAUGGGCGUCUUUGAGAAUCUCUUCAGCAUUUUUCAGCCGCAGGCGGCAGCUUCCACGAUGGCGGCACCGAUGCCGCAAGCCAUGCCGCAGCCGCAGGCCCCAUUUUCGCCAGUUCCGCCACCCCCGGCUGGAGCGCCUCCGGGCCCCUCGUCGCCGACACAGGUGCCGGAGUCGGACGAGCAAGUGGAGCGGCGCCUGCGCAUCCUCACCAAGAUCAUCGAGCGGAAACCUCCUCGCCCAGAUGAGCUCCAAGAGAUCAUGAAGGUGCCGGAAAUUCGGAAAGCCAUUGCCAUGCAGCAGAAGAACCAGCGUCAGGAGGCUACAGCGCUGCUCUCGCAGUUCAAGCAGGAGCUUGAGCGGAGGCAUAAGGAGAUCGCCGGGAAGGACCCCCGCCUGGCCGCCGCCGGCGCCGCCCGCCCAGCGGAUCCACGGAUGGAGCGGAAGCCGCAGGACCCCCGGGAGGCGAAAGUGAGCACUGCCAAGGAUCCACGGCCAAUGGAUCCCCGUGCGCGGCAGGAGGCGCCAGCCGCAGAGCCGCCAAAGAAGCGGGUGAAGACUGAGGCAGAGGCAGAGGUCACGACCGUCUUGAGCGAUGACGAGGUGGAGGUCCCGGAUGAGGACAUGCCCUUGGUUCCCACCAGGCACUUCUUGCAGGGCAUGCCAUCCCUCGGCUUCUCCGAGACCUGGCUUCGGCAGUUCAUGUCGCAGAUGCCCCGGAACCGCUCGAAGGAGCGCGAGCGCGUACCUGUGGGCCGAAAGGUGUUGGGCGCCAGCGGGGAUCAGAUGGUCUACGUGGAUGCCAUCUCGCCAGGUGAAAUGCUCCUGCUCAUGCAGUUCGUCUUCAUGCUGGAGGACAAGCUGCGCGCCACAGGGCGUUCCGUGGACUUGGCCCAGCGGGUGUCGCACACCUUCAGCUUCCUGCAGGUGGACCUCGCCGUGGACGUAAUGCUGAAGUGGGUCUUUGACGGCCUGCCCUUCCAGUGCAACACAACAGGCCUCCGCUUCUCCACGCGCGAGAAGCUGCGGCGCCACAACGAGGGCCUGAAGCGCCGGAAGGAGCAGAGGCAAAUGAAUGCGGAGGCCAGAGGUUGGAUGGAUCCGAUCCCAGAUUGGGUCGGGAACCGAGACUUGGUGGUGGGCCCCGCUCUCUUCGGCCCCAACCGAGAAGUUCGGGCGGUCCCGGAGCCGGUGGCAAAGCCGGAUGCGGAGGUUGAGAGCCACUGGGAGGUGCCCUUUGACCCACGCCGCUCCGUGUGUCCCAUCAGUGGAGAGCGCUUCGAGAGGUCCUGGAGCCGCAGCCUGAACGACUGGGCCUUCACGGGGGCGGUGGCUGCGGAGAUGCAUGCCAUGAAGCAGGUGAAGUUUCCUCCAGGGAGCAAUUUCGGGCCUCACGGCUUGUCAGAGACAGCGGUGAUCCUGAAGAAGUCUUGCUUCGCAAACACCAGCCUCUCCGGGCGCCUGGACGCAUUGCAGGAGUGCUGUGACCCGGAGGGCAUCAAGUCGGUUCCGCGGCCAGCGCAGGCGGCUUCUUCUGCGCCCUCCACGCAGAAGGAGGAUCCCGAGCUCGCGCUACUUCAGCGGGCGCCCGCCAGGAACUUCUUCUGAACGCGGCAAAGUGACAUGCGCAGUAUGCACGGCAAAGCAGAGCUUCAGAGGUGCAGAUCUUAAAUAGCGUGGAUGGCGCCUGCGUGGAC